AUGGCGAAAAUAUUUGACCUGAAAAUAAAUGAUAGUCAACAUGCAUUCACUGGUGAACGUUCAACGGUAUCUGCAUUAACCUGCAUCUCACAGAACUGGUUUAGUGUGACAGAUAAUUUACGUGAUAACACGAAUGGAGUACAUGCCUUGUUCAUAGACUUCCGCAAGGCUUUCGACCUUGUGGAUCACGGCAUCUUGUUAAAGAAAUUUGCGAAAAUGAACGUGACAAAAAGGUUUCUGGCUCUGGACACGAAGUUUUUUGGAAGGCAGGAGUCAACAGGUCAACCUUAUGGGAACCUUAUCAUCGAUUAA